AUGACAUUGCACGAAAUCGCGCGUUUCGAACGCAACAACAACGUGUCCGUAAACGUGUUUACGGCGGCGGAACAGAGACACGGAUACGUGCCGCUGCAACUUACGUCGAACAAGAAGGACAAGCAUGUGAAUCUGUUGUAUGUUCCCGAUCAACGCGAUGGACACGUAGAGCACUUCGCGUGGAUAAAACAUUUAUCGCGCUUAGUCAGCUCGCAAUUGAGUAAAAAAAAGACAGGGAAGUACAUAUGCGAUCGAUGUCUACACUACUUCCACACAAGCGAGAAGCUGGCGCAACACACCGUGGACUGUGAACGAUUGAACAACAGCGCAGUGGUUCUCCCCACUGAGGGAAAGAACCGUUUGAAAUUCGAGAAUUACAACAACAAGGAACGGGUUCCAAUGGUGGUGUAUGCCGACUUAGAGUGCGUACUCGAAAAACAGAACGAAAAGCAGGAUACAUCAAGCGCGCACAAGUACCAAAGACACAGUUUGUUCAGCAUCGGUUAUUACGCCAGCUGCGAGCACAUAGAUAUCGGAUACAAAUUUUAUAGAGGCGAGAACUGUGUGCAGUGGUUUGUGAGUGAACUGCACGAUCUCGCGAAACGUGCGAAGACCUUGUUCGCGGCAAAUGUACCAAUGGCGAAUCUCACACUGGCGGAGAUCGAGCGGUUUAAGAACGCUAAGUGUUGCCACGUUUGCGAACAGCCGUUCGAGCGAGAUGACAAUAGGGUGCGCGACCACUGUCAUCUAACGGGACGCUUCAGAGGACCCGCACACUUCGCGUGCAAUCUGAAUUACAAACAAGUUUACGUUGUUCCCGUUGUGUUCCACAACUUGUCCGGAUAUGACUCGCAUUUUAUUAUCAAGGAUGUGGCCACCGCUUUUGAGGGCGAGAUCAAUGUGCUACCCAUGACGAAAGAGACCUACAUAUCGUUCACGAAACAUGUGAACAGUACGCGGGACGAAGACAAUCAGAGGUGCGUGCAACUGCGAUUCAUCGAUUCUUACAAAUUUCUGAGCACAAGCUUAGAAAAGCUCGCAUCCUAUCUCGGCAAAAGCGAACUGCGUGUGACUCGAACGGAAUUCGGAGAUCUCUCCACCGAGGACUUUGAACUGCUCACGCGAAAAGGUGUGUUUCUAUAUGAAUAUGUGGACAGCGUCGACAAAUUGUUGGAAACAAAUUUGCCACCGCGCGAGGCGUUUUACAGUUCGCUGACCGGCGAGACUGUGACGGAGAACGAGUACGCGCACGCAACGAAUGUAUGGCAACAAUUCACCAUCGAAAAUCUGGGAUCGUACAGCGACUUGUAUCUGAAGACGGACGUACUUUUGCUGGCCGAUGUUUUCGAAAACUUUCGUCGCGAGUGCCUCGCGAGUUACGGACUAGAUCCCGCGCACUACUACACGCUGCCGGGGUAUACAUGGGACGCCAUGUUGAAGUACACUCGUGUGACGUUCGAGCUGCUGACUGACAUCGACAUGGUGAUGUUCGUGGAACGUGGUAUACGCGGCGGUCUGAGUCAAUGUUCGAACAGAUACGCCCGCGCGAACAACAGGUACGCGUGUUCGCACGAUCCAUCCGAACCGUCGUCGUAUCUGAUGUACUACAACGUCAACAAUCUCUACGGAUAG